ACUGCAAAAUUUUUAAAAAUUGAGUUAACUUCAUCAUUCACUUUUAAAAUGUUCAAUAUAUAUGGUAAAAUAAUGACGAAACUGUACUACCACUCGUUACCGCUAGAUGGCAGUUGCGUCGUCUUCAAAUUCCACAUGUUCCUAGGCGGUCGUUGAAAAAAUAAUGACAUAUUGCUCAGUCGCGUCUGGAAAUUGGGACAGAACUGUAUUUGUUCGCGAGAAAAACGCCGUAAGUGUAGUUUGUGUUAGUUGUGACAAAAACUUUUGACAUUUUUUGGCAAAAGUUUGGUGAAAUAAAGACAGGUACCAAAAAGUUUUUCGGGAGAAAAAUGAGCUCGAGAACGGCCAAAAUAUUGAAGCUUGCUAUUGCUACAGAUUUAAACGAGAACCAAAAAGACCCCAUUGAUAAUGACGAUACUGGAAGUGCCAGUUCUUUAACAGUAGGACUUGCGGAAUCAGGGCCGUUGGUUCCUCCUGUUUUGGAUACAGUUUUAAUUAAGAGCGGGGAUAAGGGUGAUCCUAAAAUUGACGUUGGUUCGACAAUAAAAUCAGUUUCUCCAGAACCAUUAAUUUCUGCAGAUUUGGUUACGGAAACGCAGCUAACCAAGCCAGACAAAUAUAUUGUUGAAAGCAGAAACUCAACCAGCAUAAAUUUAAGAAGAAUUCCUAGGUUGACCUAUAAUGACCCGGCUGAUGCAAGAGAGCAUAACGAUUUUUCUUCUGGUUCUAGUGACGAUUUUUCUCCAGGAAGUGAAGAUUUAUCAAGCGACUCGUCUGAGCAUAUGCCUGGUACUUCUAAUCAGAAUGCUGUUUUUCGCCAAAGAACGUUUAAUAGUUCAGAAACUACUGAAAAUAAUGGAAAACCCGCAUCUCCUAAAAAGGGCAAGAAAAGAAGCCGCAACCCUGAUAAUUGGAUAAGAGAAAAAGCUAAAAGGCUAAGAAAUUGUGGUCAAAGCUACACAUCAAAAUCGGGGAAAAUUAUUGGUGAAAAAAAGAUGGGACCGCCGUGCAAAGAAAAAUGUAUUUUAUCAUGCUCAAAAAAAAUUAAUGAGAAUUUUAGAAACGAAAUGUUUAAGGAAUACUGGGCAUUCUCUUCUCUACAAAGACAGCGCGAUUUUUUGGCUGCCCAUAUUGAAAAAUUGGAUCUAAAGUACAGACGCAUUUCAGCUGCGAAACCCAGAAAUCCCAAUUGUUCCUUUUACAUUUCUAAAGAAGGACACAGAAUUCGUGUAUGCAAGACAUUCUUAAUUAAUACUCUCGGUAUAAAUGAAAGAACAAUCAGAACGGUUAUAAAGUCUAAGGCAAGGGGUACUGGAAUAGUACCAACUGAUAACAGAGGCAAGCAUCAAAAUCACAAAAAGAUUGAUGAAGAAAUAUUGAAGUCCGUACGUGACCACAUUAAUUCAGUUCCUCGUAUUGAGAGUCACUAUGUCAGAAAAGAUACAAAAAGGGAAUUUAUUGACGGUGGCCUCUCUGUAGCCGAGUUAUACCGAAAUUAUUCAACACAGAGGUCUUCCAUCAAUAAGAUUGCAGCAAGUUACGAUAAAUACUCAAGAAUAUUCAAUAAAGAGUUCAAUAUAGGUUUCUUUUUGCCAAAGAAAGACCAGUGCGACGUUUGCGAAGCCUAUAAAAACUCCCAGGAAGAGGAAAAAGAAAACCUUGAGAUUAAUUACCAAAGCCAUCUAGAAGAAAAAGAAUUAAGUCGAAGUGAAAAACAAAAUGAUAAAGAGAAAGCCAAAAAUAAUGAAUGUGUGCUUGCAGUUUAUGACUUGCAGGCGGUGCUACCAAUACCCACUGGACAGUCAUCAGCUUUUUUUUACAAAUCCCGUAUCAACUGCUAUAAUUUUACAAUAACAGAAAUAGGAAAUGACAAAUCUUUGUGCUUUUUUUGGCAUGAAGGUCUGGGUAAUAGAGGAGUAACAGAAAUUGCUUCAUGUGUUUUCCUGUAUCUUGAAGAGCUAUCACUAACUAACCCAGGUGCCGACGUGGUCUUUUACUCGGAUAAUUGUGGCGGCCAGCAGAAAAACAGAUACAUGAUAGCUACAUACCUCUACGCUGUUCAGUGCUUAGAAAUAAAUUCUAUUACCCACAAAUACUUAAUUCGUGGCCAUACUCAAAAUGAAGGCGAUGCGAUUCACAGCGUAAUUGAGAAGUCGGUGACUAAAAUUAAAAGAUCUGGUCCAAUUUACGUUCCAGAGCAGUAUAUCUCCGCAAUUCGAUCUGCGAAGAAGAAUGGUAAUCCACUGGAGGUAAAAGAAAUGAAUUUUGACAGCUUCUUGGAUAUAAAAUUUAUCCAUGAUGAAAUGGCGCUUACUUUAACAAAAAAUGUAGACGGGAAUGAUUUUAAAAUAAGUGACGUAAAGUUACUGAAGACUGAAAAAGGGAACGCUUUUUUUAAGUACAAGACAAGUUACAAGCAAGUGGAAUGGAAUUGUGUAGGGUAUAAGUCUAAAAAACGACGCAUUUCUGAGGUAAAACCAUUCAAUGAGAUCCACAGAAAGCCAGCAUAUACAAAAAAAAUUUCAGUUGCUGAUAAUAAAAAGAAAGACCUAAAAAGUUUAAUUGAUAGUAAAAUAAUCCCUGGGUUUUAUAAACCUUUCUUUGAAUUUAUUUUAAAUUAAUGUUUUAUAACUUUAGAAUAAUAUUAGUAUAGUUAAAUAGCAGUUAGUAUUUUAUAGUUCCUAUCAGUUCCUAAAAAUGUUUAGUUAGCCAUUUUAAGUUAAGCAACUUCAAACUUUCGUCGGUGAAGAAGUUGUUUUAUUUUUUCAAGAGUUUUGUUUGUUUAUUUUUUAUAAAUACUUUGACGAUUGUUAAAUUUGAUAAUAAAUUGUUUAACACAACUGUCGAAUUUUGUUCUAUCAAUAUUGGGGAAAUAAUGACAUAACUUCAAAAUUAAGGGUGUAUUUUACAAAUAUAAUAAUUGUGUUAAAUACUGUUUAAAGUGAUCCAUAUUUAAGUUACUAAUACGAUGUUUCCAAAGUCAUAACUAUGAAUGCAAAGUUUUGGGAACAAAUAACAAAGUUCCAUUUUCGUUUUUUGCUUCCCCUGAGAAUUUAUACUUUUUGCAGUUCGGUCACUAUUCUGCCGGAGCAGCGA